GAGUAAAUUAAAAAACCUAGCCGCAGCCGCAGCUUCACCUCCCGACCGCUCCACCAACGCCGCUGCUGAACUCACCUCAGCCGCGCUGCCGUCAAAGUUCCAACGAUGGCGCCGCCGCGGCAGAAAAAAACCAGCGGAGAAGUGAUCGGAAUUGACCUGGGGACGACAUACUCCUGCGUCGCCGUUUCCCGAAACGGCAAGACGGAGAUCAUCGCCAACGACCAAGGCAACCGCACCACCCCUUCCUCCGUCGCCUUCACAGCCGACGCACCCAAUUUCGAGCGCCUCAUCGGCGACGCCGCCAAGAAUCAGGCCGCCCUCAACCCCCGCCGCACCAUCUUCGACGCCAAGCGCCUCAUCGGAAAGAAAUUCGACGACGCCGAAGUCCAAUCCGACCUCAAAUACCUCCCCUAUCCCGUCGUCAACAGGAACGGGAGGCCGUUCGUGGAGGUAGAGUUCAAAUCCGCCGCCGGCGGCGGCGAUGGGAAAGAAGAAGUCAAAUCGUUCAGCCCGGAAGAGAUCAGCGCCAUGAUUUUGGGGAAAAUGAAGGAAACCGCAGAAUCCUACCUCGGAAAACCAAUAAUCGGCGCCGUGGUCACCGUCCCAGCCUACUUCAACGACGCGCAAAGGCAAGCCACGAAGGACGCGGGGAGAAUCGCCGGUCUGAAAGUCGUCAGGAUCAUCAACGAGCCGACCGCGGCCGCGAUAGCGUACGGCCUAAUUAACAAGCAAACCAAGCGGAAAAGGAAGAAGGACGACACCAACGACGCCAAGGAUGCGAAGAGUAAGAUUCUGGUGUACGAUUUAGGAGGCGGGACGUUCGACGUCAGCGUGCUGGAACUAGACGGGAGGGAGUUUCGCGUGCUGGCGACCGGCGGAGACACGCAUUUAGGCGGAGGAGAUUUCGAUCAGAGAGUGUUGGAUUAUUUCAUGAAAUUGAUCAAGAGAAAGCACAACAGAGAUAUCGGGGAAGACAACAGGGCGCUAGGGAAGCUGCGGAGGGAAUGCGAGAGGGCGAAGAGGGUGCUGAGCAGCCAGAGCGAGACGAGGAUCGAGAUCGACUCUCUGUUUCAAGGAAUAGACUUCUCUGAAACACUGACGAGGGCGAAAUUCGAGGAGCUGAAUCUGGAUCUGUUCAACAGGACGCUGGAGGUCGUGAAGGAGACGAUGAAGGAUGCGAAGCUCGAGAAGGGCGAGAUCGACGAGAUCGUGCUGGUGGGAGGAAGCACGAGGAUUGUCAGGCUGAGGGAGAUGUUGAAGGAGAUGUUCGACGGGAAGGAGCCGAGUAAAGGUGUCAAUCCUGACGAAGCUGUGGCUUAUGGUGCUGCUGUCUUGGGAGCCAAGCUAAAGGGUCAAGCCGCUAGAUAUGAUAUUACGCUAUUCGACGUAACUCCCUUGAGUUUGGGGGUUAGCGUUGUUGGUGAUUUGAUGGCGACAAUGAUCCCAAGAAACACUACAAUCCCUGCGAAAAUGUCACAGACUUUAUACAGCAUUGAAGACCGACAGACCACUAUAGGCUUCGAGGUACUUCAAGGUGAAAGAACUCUAGCCAAGGAUUGCCUUAUGCUUGGACGUUGUAUAGUAGGAGGUGUGCCGCCGGCUCCAAGGGGUGUUGGCAGUAUUGAGGCAACCUUUGAGAUCGAUGCGGAUGGACUGAGCGUAACUGGCAAAAACCACGUAACGAAGAAAUCCGAAUCUCUGGUCAUUGACACCUACAGAGGAAAUCUGGCGGAGGAAGAGAUCGAGAGGAUGAUUAGGGAGGCAGAGCUGAUGGCCGAGGAGGACAAGAAAGCGAAGGCUCGUGUUGAAGCGAAGUUGAACUUGGAGAGAUACAUAAGCGAUGUCAAGGCGGCAGCUGCUAAUCGUAAUGUCAAUGCCAAUUGGACUCAACGUGACAAGACCAACGUGGAGAUUGCACUGAGAGAAGCUUCGGAGUGGUUGGAUGAUAACGAGAGGAAUCCAUCAUCGUCCAAGGAAGAUUUCAAGAAGGCGAUGCAGAAGUUGGAGGAUGUAUGGAACCCUGCUAUAUGCAAGGUUUGUGCGUGGAUCGGUUGACUGACACCGCAUGGAUUUAAGCGUGGUAGCUAGCUAGCUAGUGUUGAAGUAGUCGCCGGCCGGCCGGUGCUCUUCAUUGAGCAGCAGCCGGUGGUUUGUGAGCCUUUUCGAAGGAUGCUGUUACGUGAUGUUUUAUCAAGUUCAUAUGGCUUUGGAAUUUCUCAUGGACACAUUUUCAUACAUUGUUGUUGGCCUAUCAAUAUCAAUACAAACUUGAAGUGAAUGACUCUAAUCUUUCAAAAUUUCACAACGGACUCCCACGUACGUGCUUACUAAAAUGUCUGAUUACUGAUACUAUCAUCAAUAUUUGUCAUAAAUCAGCUUAUGAGUUUGAGGUUUGAACAUAUCCGUCAUUAUCAUGUGUUUGAUACCACGAUUAACAUUGGAGGUUGUGAGUACCUGAACACGUGACCUUAAAAACUAACCAGCUGAACUGAUACAAUGUCAUAAACCAACUUGUCACAAGAACUCGAGUUGUUGAGAAAGAUCCAUCUAUGAAUUGAAUUUUGACCAUUUCCUUACAAUUAAUAUUUGUUAAACGUAAAUAAUUACUUAUUGAACUACAAAUCGUCAUCAAUAACUAGAGGUGACAAAUGGAUUGAAUUCAUGAACCGAAUCAAAUGGAUAGAGAGAUUCAUUAAUUAGAUCAAACGGAUUGAUGGAGUGGAUUUAUGGAUCAAAGUGAUAUCCAAACGCUGGAUCAUUUUUAAAUUUUGAACCGGUUACAUACUAAAAUAUCAUUGUAAAAAUUUUAGUUAAUAAAACAUAAUAUUUUAAUGAUAUUUUUGUCAAAUUUUAAUUUUUGGUGUAUUAGAUUCAAAAUUGACACCUCUAGGAUAUAUUUGUUGCCUAAUCGGAGACCAAGGCUUACUUAUUAGUUAUUACACUAGUUGACCCCUAAUUACUUAUUAAUCGUCCAAAAGUGAUUCUUAAAUGACACUUGAAUUUUAACCCUCUGAAUUGUUGACAAAUGAUUUUAAAAUAUUCAGGAUUUGGUAACUACUAAUUACUAUUGUUAACAUUCAAUGCCACGUAAAAACUAUGAGUAUUGAGAGUUUAUUAGUAAAAGUAUUUAGUGAGAUAAAAAGAAAUAAGGCAGUAGGUGGAAAACUCUAAUUAUAAGAGAUUUGAUAUUUUCAGAUUUUAGAGAUUUAAAAUUACUAAAACUAAAAUUCAUCAUAAAAAUGAAAUAUUAAUUUUAUUGGCGAAUCUAUAAAAUUUGAUGAAUCCAUAUCAUCAAAAUCCUUUUCUCGUGUCUCUAAACGACCUCAUAAAUAACAAUUUCACUC